AUGGGUUGCUGUUGUGCAAAGUCGAAGAAAGACAAGUAUGCAGCCAACGACGAACCCGGCGGCAGAAACUUGCCACCGAACGGGCAAGCGAAUGAUCGACAAAUGGAACCAAAGCGGGUUUCUAGUCCGAUGGACGGUUUAAAUGCUCACCAACCCUCGUCCAUUAUGUCGAGUCACUCGAUGAUGCAGCCAUCUAAAGGCAUAACGGUGUUCAUUGCCCUGUAUGAUUACGAUGCGCGGACCAAAGAAGACUUGAGCUUUCGGAAAGGCGAGCGACUUCAAGUUAUCGAUAACACGGAUACCGACUGGUGGCUGGCUAAAUCUUUGACCACAUUCAAUGAGGGGUACAUACCGAGCAACUAUGUAGCACCUGAACUAAGUGUUCAUGCCCAAGAGUAAGUAAAUAUUUUCUAUUUUACGGCGUAGUCUGUGUGCUAAACAUCACCGGAAAGAUAUUUAUAUAACUUAGUUGAAUUCUCGUUCGGUCGGUCGCGUACUAAAUUGAUGAUCUUUGGAGCUUCAUUCUAUGACACUUCCGCUAGUUUGUUUCCGAGCGAACAAUUUUUACUCAUUUCACGUGAAUAAUGUAGCUGAUUUAUUUUAAAUAAAUCGGGGGAAUAAAUCCGGAGAUGUUUGUUCCUUUAGAACUAAAGCUUGAAGCAUGGAAUGCUACGAAGCUUGCGCGUGGGGAGGAAUUUAGAUCAAUCCGGUUGAUUCACGCGUGCGAUAGUGAAAAGUUCGUUUUUAUUUGCGAUUUUCCUGAUCUGUACCAUCGACCUUCUACCUCGUUGCUGGACAAGUUUUGUUUUGAUCGAGUUGUAUCUUAUACUUUUCCGAUCUUUAAUCGUCUGCCCAACUAUUUAUGGCUUUCACUUCCGGGAUAAAAUGCAUGUUGUCAUUUCAAAGUUUAAUUUCCUCGCCUUUUUUAUUUUGUAAUGCAAAUCAAACGAAUACAAUGCCAGUGGUUUUGAAAUUCAAAGUUCACUUUUCCUCAGACGAGGCUUUAUUUUGUUAGGGAGGUAACUUGUGCGAAGCGUUAACCUUUUUCUUGGACGAAUGUUUGUGUCUCAGACAAAUAAAUAUUUUCUUCCGGACUUUCAACUUUUUCCCGUUCUCUUUAAAUUGACAAUCUUCUCUUCCUUUUCAUGAAACUAAACCCCGCCAAGAAUACUGGUGAUAUGUUCUUUUAAGAAAUUAUCAGUUUGUCACAAAUGUUACUGAUACAUCCUGAAUAUUUUAAAAUUUCUUAGAUAUUUUUUUGUAUUUUGGGUCAGACUUGCUAGUAAGUUUUAUUUAUUUUCUUGUACUGAUAACAUCUGCCUUAACUCCAUUUUUUGAUUGCUGUCACCUGAUGUCAUUUGGCUGUCUCUUGUAGUUUCAUGCAAAUAGUCCAAGCUGCUAUCUUAUUGGUACUAAUUUCACAUGUCUUUAAUAAUCUUCAAAAUCACAAAAUUAAGACCUGCAAAUAAAAAUUCUCAUGAAAUUUAAACAUGGGAAAUAAAAUACAGUCAAAUCCCAUUAACACAGACACUAAGAGGGCCACAGAAAGUGUCUGUAUUAAGGUGGUGUCCAUAAAGCGAGGUUUGACUUAGCCUUCCACGCAGGUGUGUACUCAUACAGACAAUUCAAGUCACAGAAAAAAAAUUUGUAUGUAAUAACUACUGCCACCUGAAGAAUCGAAGAUAUGCUUAAAUAAAUUUUAGAUGAUGUUUAGAGAUAUUGUUGCAAAGUACACGUACAUACUGAGACAAUUUGUAUCCAAGUAACAAUACACUUAACAGUUGGCAACUCUUGAAUUGCAAAAUGCAAUACCCUUUUUUCAUAUUUACCUAAGAAAUCAUGAAAAUAAAACCCCUGUGAAAUACUUUCUUGCCAAAAUCGCAAAAUCAAGUGUGCACGAAAUGAAAUACCAAUCACGUGUAUGUAGCUUAUGAUAGUAAUGAAUGUGAAAAUGGUAGUAUUUGCAUGCAUGUUUCAAGACGUUAUUUGUUUGAAAUGUUACUUUGGUGAAAUUCCGUGGCAUGUUAAUAGUCUACUUAAUAUUGUGAAACUACUGUACGUGUAGCCAAGUGCUAUCAGUUGAUUCCCAUGUGUAUGCAAAUGAUGAUACAUCAGAUAAUGUGAUUGGCUGGCCAAACCUCUUCAGGUUUAAUCUCUGUGUCCAUGUUUGACAAGUUUUAUUAACCCUACCCAUUUUAAAUACUAAAAAUUUGUAAGGUGCUAUCUUGAAUAAUAUGACUGUCAAGUCUAGAGUCAGCAGCUUUUAAAGCUUCUGAGCCCUGAAAUCAUCUUUUGGCCAUCAGCUAAAUCAGAGACUUACUGAGCAAGACUGUGGAAAAGGAUUCCCUAAAGAACUUCACAGGUUGAAAAUGCCUAACAAUUUUAAAAUCCUAUUUUCUAUAUUUUUCCUCAGCUGGUUCUUUGGCAAGAUUAAGCGUGCUGACGCGGAAAAGAAACUGCUGGCGCCAGGAAGCCCCUCUGGUACCUAUCUCAUUCGUGAUUCAGAAACAAUGCCUGGAAAUUAUUCACUGUCUAUACGAGAUGGUGACAGUGUGAGACAUUAUCGUAUACGCAAGCUAGACAAUGGAGGCUACUAUAUCACAACAAGGGCACCUUUCACAAGUCUGUCAGAGUUGGUGGAGCACUACAGUCAGGAUGCUGAUGGCCUGUGUUGUCGACUUGUCUAUGCAUGUCGUGCAGAGAAGCCAGCUACUUCAGGGCUUUCUUACAAUACUAAAGAUGCUUGGGAAAUUUCGCGGCAUUCAAUUGCUCUCCAGAGCAAACUGGGAGCUGGACAGUUUGGUGAAGUGUGGGCUGGGCUUUGGAAUGGAACAACUCCAGUUGCUGUGAAAACUCUUAAACCAGGAACUAUGUCGCCGCAGGCAUUUUUAACUGAAGCAGCCAUCAUGAAGAAAUUAAGACAUCAAAAUCUUAUACAGGUAUGUCAUGAAAUGGUUAUGUCGUAAUAUCAGUUUUGUUAUUUUAUUGUUCUUGCAUUAAUGGAAACAACAAUAAGUAGCUGGGGAAAAUCCCCUGCCCCCGGUUAUUAAUGACAACCCUGACAUGUAGUAGUGGUGUGGCCAAAAUUUAAUGUUGUGGGCUACUGAGCCUUCAGUUCUAUGAUAAUGCUGUAGAGCCUCAUAAGAUAUAAGAUAAUUAUGUAGUUUUUAUCUUAUAAAUUAAUAAAGACUAUUAUUAUUAAAUCAGACUGAAUUUGUGCAACUUGUUGCAGUGACAAAAUUCUGUUGGAGAAAAAGAUUUUCACAAAAGUUCUCCACUACACACAAAGAUAAAAAUUGUUGCUGCAAUGUCGCAUGAUUUGUCCCUGGGCAUGUUGCCUAUAAACUGUUUUGAUCAUAAAGAAUUAAUUUUAAACCUUUUGUGCUUUAAAAUACUUAUUCCAGUUACACUGUACUUGCAUUUACAGCUUUAUGCAGUUUGUACCCAGGAGGAGCCAAUUUACAUUGUAACAGAGCUUAUGAGGCAUGGAAGCUUGCUAGAAUAUUUGAAGGGAGAAGGGAAAGAUCUCAAGCUAACAGAAUUGAUUGACAUGGGGGCACAAGUCGCUGCUGGAAUGGCCUACUUGGAACGGAUGAAUUACAUCCAUCGUGAUUUAGCUGCAAGAAAUAUCUUAGUUGGUGAGGGGAAUAUCUGCAAAGUUGCUGACUUUGGCCUCGCAAGACUGAUCGAAGAUGAUGAGUAUAACGCACACCAAGGAGCCAAAUUUCCAAUCAAAUGGACAGCUCCUGAAGCUGCUCUUUACCAAAAGUUUACCAUAAAAUCUGAUGUGUGGUCGUUUGGCGUGCUGCUGGUAGAAUUGGUUACGCAUGGCCGCAAUCCUUACCCUGGUAUGACAAAUGCCGAGGUGCUGGCCCAGGUGGAGCGGGGAUACAGGAUGCCUCAGCCUAUGAACACCCCUGAUGCUCUUUACCAAAUUAUGCUUGAUUGUUGGAAGAAGAAUGAGUGGGAAAGACCAACAUUUGAUUAUCUUCAAUCAAUAUUAGAGGACUACUUUGUCUCAACAGAGCCUAAUUACAAAAAGUUGGAUCCAUAG